AUGCAUCCGAGUUCGGGCUGCUUACCUCUGAGCAGACGACGACUGCAAGACACCGUCACUAUUCCCUCUGGCUGCUAUCGAGCUGCCUACAGCUCCGUCCACAAACGCGCUGAUCACGACGAGGCCUACGAGAAGAAGCAUGGACCAGAAAAGCUUCCUCUGCAAGCCUCCAUAUAUCGCGACUGA